GUGCGGGCGGCGCUCAGCGUCAGCGGCGAUGCCGGAGAUGGCGGAGCUCGGCGCGGAGCCGGGCACGUCCCGCAGCGGCGCCGGAGCGGCGGCCACGGCCGGGGGCGCCCAGGACAGAAGCGACAGCGGCGGAGAGGCCGCUCCCGCGUCGCCAUCGCCGCCCACGGGGAGCGACGAGGCGGGGAAGGCGCUGAGCGCGGCGGAGUACGCGCGGCGGGUGCACCAGUGGCUGUGGGACUCGUACUGCGGCUACCUCAGCUGGCACUGCUCGCUGCCGGCACUGCUCGCCGCCGGCCCCGCCGCCCGCUUCACCGCCCCGCCGCCCCCUCCCGCCGCCCCGCCGGGGGCCGCCCCCGCCGCCUACUACAGCCCGUUCUACCUCUUCGCCCCGCCGCCUGCCGCCACCGCCUCGCCGGGGCCCCGCGCUCCCCCCGCGCCCGCCCCCAACACCUCUUGGCCGGCGGCGACCGCCAGGCUGUCCCCGCUGCCCCGAGCGGCUCCGGGCUCCGGCAGCGGCGGUGUUGGCCAGCGGGAGGCUGCGGGUCGGCCGGCAGGUCGGGAGUUCAUUAUCCCUUCGCUGGCACACAGGUUCAUAGCAGAGAUGGUGGAUUUCUUCAUUCUGUUCUUUAUAAAGGCAACCAUUGUUUUAAGUAUUAUGCACCUCAGCGGGAUCAAAGACAUCUCUAAAUUUGCUAUGCAUUACAUAAUAGAGGAAAUAGAUGAAGAUACAUCCAUGGAAGACUUGCAGAAAAUGAUGAUAGUGGCUCUCAUCUACAGGUUAUUAGUCUGCUUCUACGAGAUCAUCUGUAUUUGGGGAGCAGGAGGAGCAACCCCAGGGAAGUUCUUGCUCGGGCUGCGAGUUGUGACGUGUGAUACGUCUGUCCUCGUUGCACCCAGCCGUGUGUUAGUCAUUCCGUCUUCUAAUGUCAGUAUGACAACGUCUACAAUAAGAGCCUUGAUCAAGAAUUUUUCCAUCGCUUCAUUUUUUCCUGCGUUCAUUACGCUGCUGUUUUUUCAGCACAACAGAACAGCCUACGAUAUCGUAGCAGGAACUAUUGUGGUAAGAAGAAAUGGAAUCAGAUGAUAGCAAAAGAUGACAGACUCCCAGACUGUUUUUUGAAUACCGUUCCCAAAUGAACAAAAACCCACCCCAAAACCGAGAUGACCAUCCGAAUCUUUAGCCCAAAUGAAAGCAGAACGAUUCCCAAGCUAAAGGAAAUGGGGUUGCUCCAGUGUGGUGCCAGCAGCUACCUUCAAAGUAUUGGAAUUCUCACAAAUGCCAAAGAAUUUUGAGAGAAACGAUAUUAACCGUAGCUUGAAAACAAGCGGCUGUGUGUUAAUAACUGCAGAACGGUGCUGUUCUGUUCGUCAUCCUGUGGGGAAAGCGGAUACUGAGAAAUACUCCAUCCACCUCUAAAGAAAAGCUUUGGGUGCUGGAGGUAACUAACUAGAAAAUCAUGUUUUCCAAGCAGUUGCCUGAGUUGUGUUGCUGGCUCCUUGAGGGGAAGGGAACUGCAGUAUUGGAGAGUAAGGUGCGUUCAGUGAGUUACAGUGACAGAUGCACAGAAAGAAAGUGGUGUUUAUCGCUUCCUUUCUGACUGCUUCACAGAUCGUAUUCCCUCACCUCUUCAAAGUAUUUUAUCUGGAUAUUGAUGUGACGGGUUUUAUUGCAUGAUUAAGUAUUGUCAUUUAUUUCACGUGUCAAAGCUAAUAAUGAGGUGAAAUGGUGGCUGCUUUUUCUCUGGAAAGGGCAUGUUACACCACAGUGUUAGUCAAUUGCCAUGUACAUCAUUUUGGAGCUGUGAACAGCACACAUCAUUUGCUUCUCUCUGCAGUGAAAGCACUUGUCUAUUUCUUGCAUAUAAUAUCAAGCAGAACAUCUGAAUGAGUUUCCAAGAGCAUGCAGAAACUAUUAACUGAAACAUGUGUUAUGGGUGUAAGUCUAUAUAGAAGUACAACUAGUACUUGUUUUCACUUUAUCUUCUGGCUAACUGUUUGUAUAUUCAGAAUAACUUAAAUACUGAAUAAAAAAAGCCUAAUAUUUUGCAUGAUUAUA